UUUGGGUUUAUUUCCUUGGUUGGUACGUCUGUCUGCCAUUAUUUGCACUAUUCACCAAUUUCGUUCCUAUCGGGCUCUUCAACUUCGACAACAUCAACAUAUAUAUAUAUAUAUAUCAUAGCACGCUAGUGACCCAGUAACUUCCUUCCCUGUAACAUACUCUGCCGGUUUCUCCGUUUCAUGGAGGCCGAGCCGGCGGCACAGAGGCGGCAAACCGCCGGAUGCCACGUUGUGGCCAUGCCUUAUCCCGGCAGAGGCCAUAUCAACCCCAUGAUGAACUUCUGUAAGUUGUUAGCUUCCAGGAACCACCAACACCAAAUCUCCAUCAGCUUCGUCGUCACGGAGGAGUGGCUGGGCUUCCUCGCCUCAGAGCCAUUGCCGCCUAAUUUCCGGUUUGCCACCAUACCCAAUGUCAUCCCCUCGGAGAUGGAUCGCGCCGCCGACCUUCCCGGUUUCGUGGCUGCCGCUAUGACCAAGCUGGAAGAGCCCUUCGAGCGGCUACUGGACAGGCUUGGGCCACCCAGGGCCAGCGUCAUCGUCUACGACGCUUUCAUGGGUUGGGUGGUCGACGUCGGCAAUCGGAGAAACAUUCCGCUGGCUUCGUUUGUUACUACCUCGGCCUUGGUUUUUUCUGUGUUUUAUCACUUCGAUCUCCUCGCGCAAAAUGGGCAUUUCCCCGCUGAUUUAUCAGAGCGAGGAAACGAGGUGGUAAACUACAUACCUGGACUUCCGCCAACCCGCCUCGCAGAUCUUCCGACAUUCUUCAAGAGCGACGGAUUCAAAAGCCUCCAUCUAUCUGUGGAAGGAAUAUCACGGGUGCGAAAAGCACAGUUUCUCCUCUUCGCUUCCAUCUACGAGAUCGAAUCCCACACCAUCGACGCUCUUAAGGCCGCAAUUCCUUUCCCGUUUCACUCCAUUGGCCCCGCAAUUCCUUACUUUAGCCUCCGAGACAACGAAAACGACCCUGCCAAUGUGCAGUGGCUCAACUCUCAGCCAAAAGCCUCUAUCCUCUACAUUUCGCAGGGAAGCUUCAUGUCUGUUCCCAAAGUUCAGAUGGACGAAAUCAUCGCCGGGGUGGCGGACAGCGGCGUCAGAUUCUUCUGGGUGGCGCCGGGGGAGGCCAAUGCUUCCAGAAUUCGAGAUAGGUGCGGAGGGCAGGGGCUGGUGGUCCGGUGGUGCGACCAGCUAAAGGUUUUAUGCCACAGUUCGAUCGGCGGCUUCUGGUCGCACUGCGGCUGGAACUCCACCAAGGAGGGCGUUUUUGCGGGCCUUCCGUUCCUGACAUACCCCAUUUUCUGGGAUCAAGUUCCGAACUCCAAGAUGAUCGUGGAAGAGUGGAAGAUUGGGUGGAAGGUGAGGAGGAGAGGAAUGGGGGCUGAGUCGGAGCUGGUGACAAGGGAAGAGAUCGCCGGAACAGUGAAGAGGUUUAUGGAUGUGGAGAGCGAGGAAGGGAGAGAAAUGAGGAGAAGAGCGAAAGAAGUGGGCGAGAUUUGCCGGCGAGCUACUUCCAGCGGCGGCUCGGUUGACGCUAAUAUAGAUGCUUUUCUUAAGGGAAUUUCUGGUUCUGACUUCUGACUUCUGUAUGGGCCACCUACUGAGAGGAACAUCAAUUUCAUUUCAUCCAAUAAUAAUAAUAAUAAUAAUAAUAAUAA